CCGCCACCACAUAGUAGGAGCUCGGUCUUCGCAGGCUUUGUCAGGAAUUUCAAGCCCUGCACGGAGCACUUCAGUUUAUUUCGAGCCUCUGCUAGGAGUGGGCAUGGAGAAUCCACACGCAGAGCGUCAUAACGUACUCUUGCAGCGUAUCAUAAAGAACGCAGACAAAUGUACUGAGUCUAUCAUAGAGCUAAAUCGCUGUCUCGAGGAAAUUGUUCGCGCCAACGAACACGUCAGAAUCGCUUCGGAGCUCGUGACAAAAUAUCGUAAGAACGUACAGUACAAUUUGGAAGCCACCCGUGCAACACAGGAAGCAACCGCUAAGGAGUGAAUGCUACGUCCCAGUCACGGGAAUCCGUUGUGGAUGCUGCAUGCACGUAAUCUCUGGACAGAACUGGAGCGUUAUAAGCGAGCUCGUCGCAGGACCGGAACCCAUUCAACGCUUCUCCAAUCUGUCGACCACUGAAACUUCUCUCGCUGCAUGGAUAUGUCUGACAUGAUCUUAUGGCGACAGUAUAUGACGCCUUAACAAUGCCGUGCAACAUCAGAUCAUAGACCGGGAGUUAAGAAUGAGCUA